CACUGAGGGGGUGGUCUUGUCCCGACGCGCCGGAAAAAUCGAGUUCGUUUUUUACGUAAAAUUUUCACCGGAUUUUCAUUUUUAUGGCAUGUUAUGUGUAAGUGUGUUUAUGCGUGGAAAUAACUUUGGGAUGCCUUAGCCGAGCGGAUGUUUUGAGGUCACCGACACCGCUGUGCUCAAAGGUAGCGAUCUUAAAAGUGCUGGGAUUAACAAGUGUAGAUCGGCAUGAAUAGACGACCAAUGAAAAUAGCGUACAACUUGCAGUGAAACAUAAAUAAACAAUCAUGGAGCGGACACUGGCGAGGUUAAUAUACAUCUGUAUUAUAUUUACACUAGUGAACGAAAUGUCGAUAGCAGUCCAAGCGAGGGACAAUACUAAGAGACGUACCAAAGAGAAAUCGGGCGGCUUUCAAAAGAAUAUAUGCGAUAUCACAGAUCGCGAUUCGAAAGUGCACUGCUAUUGUGAGAACACGAGGGAGCCCAGAAAUGCGACAAAAGCGGAAUGCUGGGUAUUCAACGGCGGUAUACCCCGCGAUGACCUCAUCUGGCAAAGUUUCGCGUCACAGCCAACUUUGCAAACUUUGUCUUUCAACGUCCGCGUCGAUGGCGCACUCGGCUACGUGCCGACCAAAGCGCUGCACUACUUACAGAGACUUAGAUCUAUAAACAUCAAGUACGGCAAUAUCGUUGAUGUUAGCACUUACGCGUUCGCCAACUUAACCAAUUUAAAAGAGGUAUCGCUAUCGCAAAACCAAGUCGAAAUGUUACAACAGUACGCCUUUGCGCACUUGCCCAAUUUGACAGUGGUGAAUUUGGAAGAGAACAUGAUCCUAGAGAUCGGAAGAGACUCCUUCUUCGACGUCCCGAAACUUCAGAAACUGGUGCUAACCAAAAAUAAUAUUUCAUCAAUAAGCAACGGAGCAUUCCAACACACAUUCAACCUAUUGGAGCUGGAACUGAACAAGAAUAACAUAUUCCAUUUGAACAGACACACGUUUGAUGGAUUAGCCAACUUACGGAGAUUGGACCUAAGAAAAAACCGCAUAUACAAUCUAACUGAGUUUACUUUCGCCGAACUGUGGAACUUGCAGGAGCUUCUGUUGGGGAAGAACGAUUUAAAAUAUAUAUCAGAGAGGGCGUUUGAUGGUUUAUCCCAACUCCGAAAGUUGUCCCUCGAUGAUAAUAAGCUGGCGUCGCUUCCCUCCGGUCUGUUCGAGGGAGUGAGGGGUCUGAGCUCCCUAGACCUGCGUUCGAACGAGCUCCACGCGUUAACUUUCGACAACAUCAAGCCCAUAUUGGAUAAUUUGAAGCCUUCAGGCAGCAAUUUACUCUUGGAAGAAAACAACUUCGUAUGCGACUGUAGAUUGAAGUGGAUGCACUCACUACGAAACGAGACGCAAAGUCAGAACACCAAGGAUUCUUUGGAAGGCGUCACAUGCAAGAUGGAUUCCCCCAUAGUCAGCUCCGCGUACAACAAAAUACCAGAAGAAAACCCCCACAUUAACCAAGAUACCAUUUACAAUGGAAAUUCGGUGGAAACGUUUGCUAAAACGAAUGCAACAGAUAAGAAAAUGGACGAAUACAAAGAUGCACUUAACGAUAUAAGCGCAAAGAAAGGUCUUAAAAGAAAUGUCUUAAAGAUUCCACCAGAAACGUUACCUUGUCCUAUAGAAACGAGAAAAACCACUGAACUGCCACAUUUCAUAGUAGAUCCAGUUAUCCCAAUCCAGAACGAAAUGAAGACCUUUAGGUUUCAAGAAAUGAAUGGAACUGGAAAAAUGACGAUGGAAAGUCUGGUAUUAUGGAGUUUUUGCUUUGUCUUCGUCUUCACUUAGGUGUCGUAAGAUUUACGAAUCUAGUCAUUAAUAUAUAAGUGAGAUACAGACUAUUUUACAUUUUAAAGCUAAAAAUUGUAAACGCAAUUUAAAUUUAGUGAGAACAUGGUAAUAAAUGGAAUCCGUAAUUAGUAUUGACAGGAAUGUUAAUUGCAAUUGUAAGCUAAAAGUUAUUAACUGUUCGUACGUAAACAUUAUAAUAACGCCAGUGGCGUUGAUUAAAAUUGUGGAGAUGAUAUUGCUUAAUAAGGGUCUGAGAUAAUUAUUUAAUUUAUUUAUAUAUUAUAUAUACC